UUGCUAACGCUGGGCAUAGAGGAUCUCGCGAAGCUCCUUGGAGGCAACAAAGUAGAGGAAGUCAAGGGCACUGGGUUUGAGUCACAAUACAAGGGCGUGAUUGACGCGGUGAAGCUGGCGACCAACGGUACAGUCAAGGUGUUCCGUGUUGAGCUGGAAGGCACGCGGGCAGAGUACUACGUUGUAGGUGUGGACGAGAAAGGAGGCAGGAUUGUAGGGCUUAAAGCACUGGCUAUCGAGUCGUAG